AUGUCCGGCUCACUCACACACGUCCUCUUCGAAGGAGCUUCAGGCUAUGCCCUGUUCACCGUUUCCAUGCAAGAGGAGAUUGGCGCCAGGACCAAAGCCAUGCAAGAUGCAGUCAACGACUACAACGUCUUUUCCCGGAUGAUCACCCUCGCCUCUUUCCUUCCUUUCACCUCGGCCGCUCAAGCUUUGGAGAAUGCCAACGAUGUCUCCGAAGGAGUCCUGAACGACCAUUUGAAAAAUCUGCUCAACCUCGUCGUCCCAUCUUCAGGAAAGGGAAACAAAUCCAGCAGUAAAGUCCUGCUCGGUGUCAGUGAACGUGGACUGGCAGGCGCUAUUCAGAGUGAACUAGGGAUCAUCUGUGAUGCGUCUGAUAGGAGUCUGGAAUUGAUCCGGGGAAUCAGAUUGCACCAGGAGAAAAUGUUGGUCAAGGGCGGGAUGCAGAAGGGCGAUGUCACGGUGGCGCAGCUUGGUUUGGGUCAUUCAUACUCCAGAGGAAAGGUCAAGUUCAACGUAAACCGAAGUGACAACAUGAUCAUACAAGCUAUUUCUCUCUCUGACCAACUCGACAAAGAUCUCAAUACGUUCUCCAUGCGAGUGAGAGAAUGGUACGGAUGGCACUUUCCAGAGCUAUACAAGCUUGUUCCCGAUGCUCAUCAAUACGCCAUGCUCGCCGUUCAAAUCGGAGACAAAUCCACCUUGUCCGAGGACUCCCUCGAGACAUUACAGGAGAUUCUAGACGAUGACGAGACUCGAGCGAAGAAUGUCUUGGAUGCUGCUCGAGCAUCUAUGGGGAGUGACAUCUCCGAAAUCGACCUGCUCAACAUUUCAACCUUUGCCGAACGAGUGGUCAAGCUUGCAGAAUACAGAAAGAGCCUCAGGCGGUAUCUUGUGGAGAAGAUGAACGUGGUGGCCCCAAAUCUUUCAGCUCUUAUCGGCGAGACUAUCGCUGCGAGAUUGAUCAGCCACGCUGGAUCUCUAACAAAUCUCGCCAAAUACCCCGCGUCCACCGUUCAGAUCCUGGGAGCUGAGAAGGCUCUUUUCCGCGCCCUGAAAACAAAAGGAAACACACCAAAAUACGGUCUUAUCUACCAUUCAACUUUCAUCGGUCGAGCAGGAGCGAAACACAAGGGACGGAUUUCAAGAUUCUUGGCGAACAAGUGCUCGAUUGCUUGCCGUAUAGACUGCUUCACCGACGUUCCGACGAAUAAGUUCGGGGAGGCUUUGAGAGCACAGGUCGAAGAGAGAUUAGCGUUCUUCGAGACUGGAGCACCCGUGUCCAAAAACUCUGAUGCCAUCCAGAAAGCUCUGACGGCUCUGGCGAAUGAUCUAGGAGACGAUGAGGAUGAUGACGAUGAUGAAGAUGGCGAGGUUGACGAGGUGGAGAUAUCAGAGGCCGUGAAGCAAGUCGAGAAAGAUCAGGAAUCCGCACGGAAGAACAAAUCUGCGAUGGAUCCUGAACUGGCAAAGAUUGCUGCUGGUCACACACCUCUACCGACACCAUCCAAGGAUAAGUCGUCCAAGAAGGAGAAGAAAAAGGAGAAGAAGGAUAAGAAGGAUAAGAAGGACAAGAAGCGCAAGUCUGAGGAUGCUGAUGACGAUGGGAUCGAGGUCGAGGACGAAGCCGAGAGAAAGAGGAGAAAGAAGGAGAAGAAGGAGAAGCGGAAAGCUGAGAAGGCUGCUACGGAGGCUGCCGGAGGAGUUGAGGGAGACAGCAAGAAGGAGAAGAAGAAGAAGCGCAAGUCGGAGGCUUAG